AUGCAUCUCAAAGCACUGGAGAUUCGGAAGCUUAUGAAGUAUCAGGAAAAGCCAAUUCGAGCUUCAAAACACGAGCAAACAUCUGAAAGCUCUCUUGGACAACUUCAUGAUAAACUAGAAAUUCAAUCGACCUCAUUUCGAGCAGUGCAAGGUACUAUCAACUCGACUGAAAGGCACGUGACUCUCAGUACCUCCGCCCUCCUUGAAAACCAACAGAGUAUGGGAGAUGUCAAAAACACCGUAAGAGAAGCUGAGACCAACAUUGAGACAAAAUUAGACGAACUUGCGGCGUUCGUUUCGCAGAUACCAGCAUCCCCUUCCAGACUCACAACGGCCUCAUCAGUGCACUGUUCCGAGGAAAUCUUGGCACGAGUCCUUAGAUAUGAGCUGAAAAGAGUGCUGACGCCUGUAGUGGAGCGAAGCUUGUCGAACGCCCAAUCCUGGAAUGAGCUUCUUCUCCAAGAGGUCAAAGAAGUCAUCGAGAAAUCCGCCGCGGCAUUGUCGUACAACAUGACGUCUAGGGAAACGGAGCCUAGGCCUCAUGAUGAGUCGCCACAGUCAAAGCACAAUAGGGAGACUACAAGCACGAAUCGAGAAAUAGGCCUUUUGGAUUUUUUUAAGCUUUCGACUGACGAGAAAAUACAAACCAGUUCAGCGCGCCACUUGGUGCAAGUGUCUCGAGUCCCUCGACGGCUCCGACCCAAAAGCUCCCCGAUAAUAUGGUCUUUCCGAGCGACUUCUUUAUUUGGCAAUCUUCGUAUCGAGAUCCGCACAAGCUUUGACAGGGCGAAAUACAGUGCGACAAUGACUCGCACAUACGACAUCACUGUUCAUCUCUGGCCGUCUUGGUUUCUUCUGCGGCGUAGCGUCUCUUUGCGCUAUAGCACGGAGCCAAACAACCUAGGUUACUACCAAAUAUGCCCGGUAGUCGUUACAUACCCUAUCAUCGCGGACGAUGCGCCUGUGUGGAACGCUGUCAAAAAUGGAGAUGUUUCAUUCUUGUCACACCUUUUUUCAAAUGGCCUUGCGAGCCCACACGAUCAGGACGAUGGCGGUUAUACCCUCUUGCACAGCCUUACAUUCUUGCUACAACAAGGCGCAGACCCUAAUAGAGUCACAGUUUACGGAGAGACACCCCACUUCCGCUUUAUCCGCGUAUUCUCCCAACGACUUCUCGGCAUGAGGGAGUACUGGCUUCCUGGAGCUGUAGACCAAGCGUCCCACAUCGUUCAAGCUCUCGAAUCGGCCGGCUGCGAUCCCGAGGAUUGUAAAUUCGAUAUAAAGCACGCUGUCAGUGACCGUGUGCAAGCUUCUAAUCUUCCGUACAUGGAGCUCCAAGAAUGGGCGAAGGUACUCCGUUGCCGUGACGUGGACACCCUCCAGCACGCUUAUAGUACGAGGUACGACUGGGGCUGCCUUUGGUGGCCAGAUGUGUCCUGUGUGGAAAUACUUCUGGCAUGCGGCCUCGAUCCCAACAAUGAUUUAUAUUCCUGCGACGAUAGCGAGUGCUCAGCUCCCCUUCUACUAGCGCUCAGGAGUAUCAGACUGACAGCGUCGAGAAAAGUAAGGGUUGAAGAGUGGGAAAAGCGGAGCAACGAGACUGCCAUUUCUCUGAUCCGCGCUGGAGCUGAUGUGUUCCGUGUCAAGUGGUAUACGAUCAACCAAGCCCAUGAGGCUGAUGGAAUCGAAUGGGUGUCCAAAUUUGGACCGCUACUCACACCGACGGUUUUCGCGCAGGCCCGAGGGGUCGAACGUCAGUGGUCCGAAGUACUCAAAGCCUGCGGUCUCAGUCCCGAGGAGGUCUUUGUGGAAGAUCUAAAACGACGCACAGCGUUCUUGCGAAGCCAUGGAGCUGAACGGACCGGAAUUGACGGCUUCGGACUUGAUUCAGAAGAGAGGAACUCCUCUAUUUUGAGACAUCGAGCAGGAUUCCAUCUCGAGGUCUGCUAG